GAGGAGGAGCUAAAGAAGUCGAUAUUAUUAGUGUUGGCCAACAAGCAGGACAUGGAGUCGGCGAUGACCAUCGCUGAGGUGCAUCAGGCGCUCGGUUUGGACGCACUCAAGAGUAGGACAUUUCAAAUAUUCAAGACGUCCGCCAUUAAGGGCGACGGCUUGGAUGAGGCCAUGGAAUGGCUGUCCAACGCGUUAACUAAUAAUAAAUGA